AGGGAAAGGAUGUCUUGGCCGCGCGUGCAGCUGGUGGUCACCGCGGACGACUUUGGUUACUGCCCGCGGCGGGAUGAGGGCAUCGUAGAGGCCUUCCUAUCCGGGGCUGUGACCAGCGUGUCCCUACUGGUCAACGGCGCGGCGGCUGAGAGCGCUGCGGAACUGGCCCGCAGGCACAAAAUCCCCAUCGGACUCCACGCCAACCUGUCCGAGGGCCGCCCCGUGGGCCCGGCUCGCCGUGGCGCCUCCUCGCUGCUCGGGCCCGAAGGCUUCUUCCUGGGCAAGAUGGGAUUUCGGGAGGCCGUAGCGGCCGGAGAUGUGGCCCUGUCCCAGGUGCGGGAAGAGCUGGAGGCCCAGCUGUGCCGCUUCCAGGAAUUACUGGGCAGGAAACCCACUCACGUGGACGGGCAUCAGCACGUGCACGUGCUCCCAGGCGUGUGCCAGGUGUUUGCAGAGGUACUGCAGGCCCAUGGGGUGCUCUUCACUCGGCUGCCUCUGGAGCGCGGACUGGGCAGCUGUACUUGGCUCGAGGCGCCGGCGCGUGCCUUUGCUUGCACGGUGGAGCGUGACGCCCUGGCAGCCGUGGGUCCCUUUUCCCGCAGAGGCCUAAGGUGGACCGAUAUCUUCGUGGGCCUGAGCACCUGCGGCCGGCAUAUGUCGGCUCAUCGUGUGUCAGGGGCCCUGGCUCGGGCCCUGGAAGGUACACCCACAGGUCACUGCCUGACAGCCGAGCUGAUGACCCACCCAGGCUACCCCAGUGUGCCACCAGCUGGAGGAUGCGGUGAGGGCCCUGAUGCCUUUUCCUGCUCUUGGGAGCGGCUGCAUGAGCUGCGUGUCCUCACUGAACCCACACUGCAGACCCGGCUUGCCCAGGAUGGCGUGCAGGUCUGUGCCCUCCAUGACCUAGACUCCAAGAGACCCAGGGAAGGGAUCCCUGGCGAAGCCACUCUGGAAACCUUCCUGGAGUCCUCUCAACUGUGACGCUGACAGCCAAGAACUAAUGCCCUAGUGCUCAAGGGAGGGGGCAAGAGCUGAGCUUUCGCACAGCCCAGAACCAAGCCCUAGAGUGGGUUCUCUGACUUCCCUGGGCAGAGUGAUGCCACCUCUGUGACCAGGUCCUCAUGACUCGUAGAGUGCAGCCACAGCUUCCACAAGCCCUCUUGGCCACAGGAGAUUCAGCCUGUGACAUCUUGGCCUGGGGCUUGCCAAGCAUUUUGGGCUCUUCACAUUUCCAUGUAAACAUUUUCUUUGUUUAUGUUUAGUGGCGGGAGAUUAUUAUUGCCCGGAAAACCUUCACAGACACACAAACUGACAAAAACAACUUCAGGGUGCAAACCUGGUCACUAUUCCAGAAAAGGUAUAUAUAAAACAAGCUCUACUGUCUCGUUUUGCUCAUGCUUAGGUUUUACUCUUCUUUGGGGAGUGUACGGGGAAAAGAAUGUCUCAUCUGGCUAUUUUUAGAGAGGUAUAUUAUCUCAAUAUUUAUUUAGGAUGCCAGAUUCCUAACCCACAUCUGGUGAUGUGUGAAUGCCCUGUGCCUGGAUCAGGAGGUGUAGGGAGGGAGGGGAUGGGGAAGGGGAAAGAAGUUCUUGGAAGCACAGGGAGUCCAGACCUGUUCUGAGGGAUGGAAAGGCAGAUGCAACACCACAUGAUCCCUCUUGUCUCAUGUGAAACUGCUUAAGUGCAGGCAGUGACGUCCCCACUUAACAGACCUAGUGGUGGGAGUGGCAGAGCAGGGCUUUGAAGCUAUCUGUUUGUGUAUUUGUCAUGCACUGUCAGGCAUGGAAUCAGGUGCCAACAGAGCCCUCUUCUGGCCUAGGCAGCCUUGAUGGCCAUUCAGCUGUCUCAAGGGGCAGGGAUCUCUAUCCUUUCUGCCUCCAUCCACCCGUGACCCCAUCCUUGAUUGUGGCUUCAACCCCCUUUUCUGGUUCCACCUUCCAUCUUAACCUUCCCUAGACCUAGACUAUCGUAGGUACAGCCCCUUUCCUCCUACCUUUCAUUCACAGCUAUAAACUGGAGUCACUGGGAGUUUGGUUGCUCCUAUUGUUCUGCCCUCACCUCUUUGCCUCAGCCCUUGGUGUCUGGCCACACUCCUGCAGGCUGUUGGCUGGAGCUAGUGGGGGUGACCUGAAGGUAGCCUGCUGGCACAGGAGCACCUUCCUCAAGGGGGAUUCUGCUGUUCUGAGAGGAGGCAGCUGGCUGUGUGGCUCUCGGGCUCAGGACAGAUGUGGGUGGGCAGGAGGGAUGCUUGGGAAUCUGUAGACACUAAAUGAAACUGUGGGAGGGAGAAGAGCAUGAGCAGAGAUGAGGGCCCAGCACUGGCUAGGGACCCUCAAUGUUUUAGACUCUCUUUCCAGGGCCUUGGUUAUAGCUUCUGCAGUACUGGGUAGUCAGGUUUAGUCUGAUUGUCUUGAGAACCACAUGGUGCCCCCAGGAGCAUAGUCUGCAAGCAAAAACAUUUCCAGUCCUGGCCGGUAAGGCUCAGUGGAUUGAGCUCCGGCCUGCGAACCAAAGGGUUGCCGGUUUGAUUCCCGGUCAGGGCACAAGUCUGGGUUUCAGGCCAGGUUCCCAGUGUGGGGCAUGAAAGA